AUGAGAAGCUCUUGGAUGAAGAAACAGUCCUUCAUAACUGGCCCUAAGCCGACACUGAACUGGUUAAUCCUGUGCCUGAUAAGUCUCCUCGCUCUGAUUGCAGUGUUGAGUUCUUCCUCUUCUUCUUCAAACACCGAUGGUUCAGGACCUCGUUCUGCGGAAUCGCUAAUCUACUCAAACUACAGAAGGAUAAAGGAGCAGGCGGCGGUGGAUUACUUGGAGUUGAGGAUUGUGUCGAGUGGUGGCGCGAGGCAGAAGGAGGUGGGACUUUGCGGCAAAGAAAGGGAGAAUUUCGUGCCGUGUCAUAAUGUGUCUGCGAAUCUGGUUUCGGGGUUUAAAGAGGGUGAAGAGUUUGAUCGGCAUUGCGAGGUCUAUAAGGUAACGGAGAGGUGUUUGGUUCGGCCUCCCAAGGAAUACAAGACUCCGUUACGGUGGCCAAAUGGGAGGGAUGUCAUAUGGAGCGCAAAUGUGAGGAUCACCAAAGAUCAGUUUCUUUCAUCUGGAAGUAUGACCAAAAGGUUGAUGCUACUAGAAGAGAAUCAAAUCGCCUUUCACUCGGAGGAUGGGUUUAUCUUCAACAGUGUGAAAGAUUAUGUUCGCCAACUUGCAGAGAUGAUAGGGUUAGGAAGUGACAUUGAGCUUCCUCAAGCUGGUAUUCGAAAUAUACUAGAUAUUGAUUGUGGAUUUGGUAGCUUUGGAGCUCAUUUGUUGUCGCUGAAAAUAAUGGCGGUUUGUAUCGCGGCGUAUGAAGCUUCUGGCAGCCAAGUUCAAUUGUCUCUUGAGAGAGGUCUUCCAGCUUUGAUUGGCAACUUUAUCUCCCGACAGCUUCCGUAUCCAUCAUUAUCAUAUGACAUGGUUCACUGUGCUCAGUGCGGCAUUAUAUGGGAUGAAAAAGAUGGAUUGUUUCUUAUAGAAGUUGAUCGUGUUCUUAAACCUGGAGGAUAUUUUGUUUUAACCUCACCUACAAGCAGACCACAGAGUUCAUCACGAGAGAAAAAGAGAAUAAUGUCAAACCCAAUAGAAGGGCUGACCCAACAACUCUGCUGGACUCUUUUAGCUCAGCAAGAUGAAACUUUUGUCUGGCAGAAGACUACUGAUGUUGAUUGUUAUGCAUCUCGUAAGGAGUAUACUAUACAGCUAUGUGAAGGAGAGGAUACUCAGUCAUAUUAUAGGCCUCUUGUGCCAUGUAUAAGUGGGAUGUCUAGCAUGCGCUGGAUUGCAAUACAAAACAGAUCUUCUGAAUUGAGCUCGUCUGAACUUAAAAUUCAUGGAAAGUAUUGUUUCUUAACAGCUUUCUUCUGCAUAUGUUUCUCCUUGUUUCUACCCCUCCAAAUUUUGUUUCCUUUUUGUAAUGAUUUGCCUUUUCAUGAAUUUUUCUUUAUUAUUGCAGGAGUUCAACCUGAAGAAUUUUAUGAAGAUUUACAACAUUGGAGAUCAGCUGUUAACAAUUAUUGGUCGUUACUUACGCCACUAAUUUUCUCUGACCAUCCAAAGAGACUUGGAGAUGAAGAUCCAUUCCCUCCAUAUAACAUGGUCCGGAAUGUUAUGGAUAUGAGUGCUAAUUAUGGGGGGUUGAAUGCUGCCCUUCUGGAGGAGAAAAAGUCAGUGUGGGUCAUGAAUGUGGUUCCUUCCAGAGCUUCUAAUUCACUUCCUCUUAUACUAGAUAGAGGUUUUGCUGGUGUCAUGCAUGAUUGGUGUGAACCUUUCCCCACCUACCCCCGGACAUAUGAUUUGCUUCAUGCAGAUGGACUUCUUUCUCAUCUCUCCUCAGAGAGGUGCAGCAUGAUAGACUUGUUCUUAGAGAUGGAUAGAAUAUUGCGUCCAGAGGGAUGGGUCAUUCUUUCUGAUACUAUGGGAGCUAUUGAGAUGGCUCGCAUGCUGGCAACACAAGUACGUUGGGAAGCAAGGAUAAUUGAUCUUCAAAAUGGCAGUGACCAGCGGCUACUUGUUUGCCAGAAACCUUUUGUGAAAAAAUAA